AGGGAGGGAGGGAGCCGCGCGCCAAGGCGAGAGCGUGCGCGCCGACGGACUGGCGCUGCCGCCGCUCCUCCUGCGCUCAGCCCGCGCCGCUGGAGGCAAGCAGGGCGCCGGGUGGCGAGGCUGUGCGCGGGGCUCGCUGCCGCAGGAGAUGCGCCUCUCCGGAUUUUGAGUCGCUUUCUCUUCCACCCCCCUCUCCCAGUCCCUAACCCCUACCCCCAUCCCUCCAAAAAAGAAGAAAAAGCGGGGGGAAAGAAGCCAAGAUGACGGUCGAAUUCGAGGAGUGCAUCAAGGAUUCGCCCCGAUUCCGGGCGACCAUAGAUGAGGUGGAAACGGAUGUUGUGGAAAUAGAAGCCAAGCUUGACAAGUUGGUAAAGCUAUGCAGUAAUAUGAUAGAUGCCGGGAAGGCCUACCUCAUCACCAACAAGCAUUUUGUCGGAGGGGUCCGGGACCUUUCACAGCAAUGCAAGAAGGACGAAAUGAUCUCGGAAUGCCUGAACAAGUUUGGAGACAGCCUGCAGGAAAUGGUCAACUACCACAUGAUCCUUUUCGACCAGGCUCAGAGGUCUGUCCGGCAACAGUUGCACAAUUUCGUGAAAGAUGACGUCCGGAAAUUCAAGGAGACCAAAAAACAGUUCGAUAAGGUACGGGAAGACAUGGAGAUUGCCUUGGUCAAGAACGCACAAGCCCCGCGGCACAAGCCCCAUGAGGUCGAAGAGGCCACUGGCACCUUGACAAUCACCAGGAAAUGCUUCAGACACUUAGCCCUCGACUACGUCUUACAGAUCAAUGUCCUCCAAGCCAAGAAGAAAUUUGAAAUCCUCGAUGCGAUGCUGUCCUUCAUGCAGGCUCAGUACACCUUUUUCCAGCAGGGCUACAGCCUCCUUCACGAACUGGACCCCUAUAUGAAGAAGCUGGCCACCGAGCUGGACCAGUUGGUGAUCGACUCUGCUGUGGAGAAGCGGGAAAUGGAGCACAAGCAUGCACUUAUCCAACAACGGACUCUUCUGCAGGACUUCUCCUACGAUGACUCCAAAGUGGAAUUCAACGUCGAUGCCCCCAAUGGGGUGGUGAUGGAAGGGUACCUCUUCAAGAGAGCGAGCAACGCGUUCAAGACCUGGAACCGGAGAUGGUUCUCCAUACAGAACAGCCAGCUGGUCUACCAGAAGAAGCUAAAGGAUGUCCUCACGGUGGUGGUGGAGGACCUCAGGCUUUGCACUGUCAAGCCCUGUGAAGACAUCGAGAGGAGGUUUUGCUUUGAAGUCGUCUCCCCCACUAAGAGCUGCAUGCUGCAGGCCGACUCAGAGAAACUGCGACAGGCGUGGAUCCAAGCGGUUCAAGCUAGCAUCGCCUCUGCCUAUCGAGAGAGUCCCGACAGCUGCUACAUUGAAAGACUGGACCGAACAGCUUCUCCUUCCACCAGCAGCAUCGACUCGGCUACUGACUCGCGGGACCGCAGUGCCAAAGGUGAAAGCAUCCUGCAGAGGGUGCAGAGCAUCCCAGGCAAUGACCAGUGCUGCGACUGUGGGCAAGCCGACCCCCGCUGGGCCAGCAUCAACUUGGGCAUCUUACUAUGCAUUGAAUGUUCAGGGAUUCACAGGAGCUUAGGGGUCCACUGCUCCAAAGUGCGGUCGCUCACACUGGAUUCCUGGGAGCCAGAGUUACUGAAGCUGAUGUGUGAGCUGGGGAACGCCACCAUGAACCAGAUCUACGAGGCGCAGUGUGAGGAGAUGGGACUCAAGAAGCCCACCGCGGGCAGCUCAAGGCAGGACAAAGAAGCAUGGAUCAAAGUCAAAUACGUGGAGAAGAAGUUCCUGAAGCAGCUGUCGACUGGGGAGGCCCUGGCAGAGAAUGAGAGGAAACCCCGGCGCUGGAGCGUGAAAAAGUGCCAGAGGCGCAACAGCUCCACAAAAGCGCCCACAGCACGGAGGAAGUACCGGCACGAAGCAGGAAACGCAUCACCGGCAGCGCACUCUUCAGCUGCCACCCUCGAGAGGAAGUUCCGACGGGAUUCCCUCUUCUGCCCCGACGAGCUGGAUUCGCUUUUCUCGUACUUCGACACGGGAGCCGGGGCUGGGCCACGCAGUGGCAACCACAUCUCUGUGCCGCACCCCCUGGCAGCCAGCCCAUGGAGCGACAGUGGUAACGGUCCCACUGGGAGCGGGUCGCCGUUCCUCCUGGAUGGAGGUCUGAGCAGUGACAGUGGGCUGGGCGGCAGCACCGACGGCAGCACUGACGUCCUAGUGUUUGGCUCGGUGGUGGACAGCGUCACGGAGGAAGAGUGUGAAGUUUCAGAAGAAUCAAGCGGAGAAGCUGAAAUAGAGCAAGAGGCCUCCGAUCUGGAGGACCUGCGGGAGCUGCACCCGGGUUUGCUGGUUUACAAGGCAUCGCGGGCCAGGAAUUUGCCUGUGAUGGCGGAGGCCCUGGCGCACGGGGCAGAUGUCAACUGGGUGAACGAUGAGGAUGAGAACAAAACCCCGUUGAUCCAAGCUGUAAUGGGGGGCUCCUUGAUAGCCUGCGAAUUCUUGCUCCAGAAUGGAGCAGACGUUAACCAAAGAGAUAUCCGAGGGCGCGCACCUCUGCAUCACGCUACGUAUUUGGGCCACACUGGCCAGGUCUGCUUGUUCCUAAAGAGAGGAGCCAACCAGCACGCGGUUGACGAGGAUGGGCAGGACCCUCUGAGCAUCGCGGUCCAGGCUGCUAAUGCGGACAUUGUUACCUUGCUGCGUCUGGCUCGAAUGAACGAAGAGAUGCGAGAAGCCGAGGGCCCGUUUGGUCAUCCAGGAGAUGCCACCUAUCUCGACAUCUUCCGCGAGUUUUCUCACAUGGCAUCUAACAACCCGGAAAAACUCAACCGCCGCAGCCUGUACUUCAGCCACUCCUACAGAUAGCCCUCAAAACCACCACGGACACCAUCUGAGAACGCUGGUUCCUUCCAACUCCAGAGGGAGAGUCGAGAUUACGUGCCGCGGAUGAAGCCGAAGGGACAGGGGCGUCCGGUGGCUGAAUCGGGUCCAUCCAGAACGGGAGCAGUUCGACCCAAUGUCUCUGGUCACCCCACACAGCUUUGCGUUGAUCGCAACAUCUCCCCAUGGUCACCAUCCCACUACCAAAUGGCUUUCCCCCUACAUCCCCUUCCCCCAAAAAAACUUCCAAAGAGGAUAUCACAGCCUAAGAGUAACCAGCCCAUGUUUACAGCCUGGAAUGAAAUUGUUUGGAUUUCUUUUUAAAGUAGGGAUCGAGAACUUGUAGAUAUUUCGGACCUCGCUGAACUCCAGCUCCCAUCAGCCAAUAAAUAGUCAAGGAUGAUGUGGUGAAUUUGCGGCCUUCGCGUUAUUGGUGGGUUGCAACUCCCAUCAUCCCUGCUUGUGCUGGCUGAGGCUGAUGGGAGUUGUAGUCCAUCAACAUCAGGCAGGCCACGGGUUGCUCACCUAUGUCCUGCUUCUGCCCCGCUAUUGCCUUGGAGGUUUGAUCUCACUAGCCUUAGGUGUCUUGGCAAACUGGUUUUUACAGCCUUGGGGCAGGAUGGAAAGUAUCAAUUUUGCUCACUGUGAAAAUUAGAUCACUCUAUAGCAUCAUUCAGGAGCACUGCGGGGAACUAAAAAUGGAGAGUGGGCUUCCUGGCUCACCGCCAACUGCACUCCAUCAAUCCACCAAAGACACCCCCCCCCUCCCGCCCUCAAUAUACUUCAUAAAAGCACAGAAUUGUAGAGCUGGAAAGCACCCAAAGGGCCAUCUAUUCCCACCCCUGCCAUUACUUGCCAUUUUCUGUGAUUUCCCUUGCCUUAAGGCCUAAAAUAAGUCCCCUGUUCCUGUUUUUAAAGCAUGGCUUCUUCUUCUUGCUGUUGUUAUUUCAAAAAAUCAUGUUCUGUUGUUUUCAUAGAUAACGGACUUGUCAGAGAGCCUGUACUGGUACAGCCUCUGCCGCCCAAACUGCCUCUUGUUGAGCGUGUAUAGAAAUGUGUGUUUAUAUGCUGGAAAUGUAAUAUAUCUCUGGGCAAAAAAGAAACGUAUUUUUUAAAAAUGCUUG